UCAUGUUCAGGGACGUGAACUCCACUUGUGGGAUCAUGCGUCGACAACAGCAGUCAAAAUAGAAUUUAGCGCCAUAGGAAAGGGGAUUUCAAUGCUUUCCAGUCGCUUCCGCUCCUUGCUUCCUUCUCUUCAUCCAUACUGACCUGUGACACAUAGACAGUAACAAAUAAUGAUUUAUGCGCGUCGACAGUGUAAAUAGAGCAAUGAACACGUCUGCUGGGACGGGAGUUUUUAUCUUGUCCUUGACAUCAAUACCCAUUUCCUUUUUCUUCAACUCUCUGAUCUACACUAACAGCAUUGAGGCAGUCUUUUUCGCUGGAUCUACAACUGUUCUUAUCUUGGCUAUUUCUGCAUGCUUUCUAUUCAAGAAGAAGGCACCCAGAGACCCUCUAUUCUAUGUGUUUGCAGUGUAUGCAUUCCUGAGUGUGGUAAACCUGAUCAUUGGUCUGGAGCAGGACAGUAUCAUCGAUGGUUUCAUCACCUUCUAUCUCAAAAAUGCAAACCCCUACAUUAACACGGCACAUGGACACAUGAUCUCCUAUUGGGAUGGAUGUGUCCACUAUCUCAUGUACCUGCUCAUGGUUGCAGCUAUAACCUGGGGGGCAAGCUACAGAGCCAUCGGCCUGUACUGGGUGGGGUCCAUUCUCAUGCGCGUCAUCGUCUACAUUCCUGGAAAUGUUGUGGGGAAGUAUGGUACCCAGCUGAGCCCUCUGUUCCUGGUCCAAAUGCUCUACGUCGUGGUGUCGGUGUGGGCCUGCUUCCGCGUCUUCAGCCAGUCCUCCACCAGACAGGCUCGGACAAUGAGUAUCGAUGAGGCCCAGAGGACUACGCUGGUGGAGAGGCCCCUAGACUUUCUGUUUGUCAUCUACCUCGUCCCUGCUACAUUUUUCUGUGUCUUCAGAGGCCUGGUGGCCCUGGACUGCCCGACAGAGUGGUGUCAGGAGUACACACAGCUAUAUGAGCCUUACCUGAAGGACCCCUCAUCUUAUCCUAAAAUACAGAUGAUAGUGAACAUGCUUUACUCCGGUCCGUACUACAUCAUUGCGCUCUACGGGCUGCUCGUGCCUGGGUGUGAGUGGAUGCCUGACCUCACUCUGGUCCACUCUGGGGCAAUAGCACAGGCCCAAUUCUCCCACAUCGGUGCAUCUCUCCACACGCGGACGCCGUUCUCCUACAGAGUACCAGCUGACAGCCAGAUUGUCUUUCUAUUAGUCAACGCCCUGUAUGCCAUCGUACCCCAAGCCUUCUGCUACCGCUGUGUCACUAGCCCUGCCUUCUUCUUCAGAGACCAACAAAAUGACAAGAAGACUGGCUGACUGACCAACUGGCUGACUGACCAACUGGCUGACUGACCGACUGACUGACUGGCUGGCUGACUGACUGACUGGCUGGCUGGCUGGCUGACUGGCUGACUGACUCAGGCCCUGACUACACAGAAACCAGUCCAAUAGUAUCUGUCACUUUCUGACCAUAGUUCUUGUGUGUUUUACUUGUUUUAGUGUUGGUCAGGACGUGAGCUGGGUGGGCAUUGUAUGUUGUGUGUCUAGUUUGUCUGUUUCUAUGUUUGGCCUAACAUGGUUCUCAAUCAGAGGCAGGUGUUUUGUGUUGUCUCUGAUUGGGAAUCAUAUAUAGGGGACUUGUUUUGUGUUGGUUUGUGGGUGGUUGUUUCCUCUUUGUGUUCGUUUCACCAGAGAGGACUGUUUCGGUUUGCCACGUUUGUUAUUUUUGUAUUUUGUAAAUGUUCACAUUAUUCGUCUGGAUUAAAUCAUGUUGAGCACAAACUACGCUGCGUCUUGGUCCGAUCCCUGCUACAUCUCCUCUUCAGACGAAGAGGAGGAAGGCUGCCGUUACAGUAUCUCUCUGCCUAGCAUAACCUGGUGGCCAGUCUGUUUCAUGUUCUGCACUGGCCAACUCCAAGUGUAGUAUAUUCAAUACUCAUAACUGUACUCUUUAGUGUACACUACUGUAGUCUCACUGCUGUACUCUACUGGCAGCAACACAACAGAGAUGAGACUUAAAACAGCAUUCAAGCAUAUCUUGCUUAGUGGUACAUUCCUUUACAUAGAAAGAAAACUUGAUACAUUUACUCUUCAUUUCUGUUUGUCAGUGACUAGUCUUAGCCUAUUAUGGAACUGAUUUAGGAUCAGUUUAGCCUUUUAGAUUGCAAGGAAUAACAAUAAAUGGACAGGGGGGGCUGACCCUAGAUCAGCAGCACUCCUACUCUGGGAUAUGUUAUGAAUACAGAACUGUUCUAAAUGUGUUUUUAGCUAAAUUACUUCUUGUAUUCUCUGGUUCUGUCAAGCAUUACAACGUUUACUUUUAAAUAAAACAAAGUGUUUGUUGUCAUAAAAUGCUAUAUGGUGAAUCAAAAUAGAUUGUGUUAUGUUCAAAGGUGUUUGGAGAGGAUUCAAAGACUAGUUUUGUGGACGCAAUAUUUUGAUAUUUGUGUCUAAUUUAUAUUUUCAAGUGUUAAAAACCUGAAAUAAAUCUUGAUUUGUAAAAUCUGA